GAAAAAAGCCAACAACGCCCAUACGACGCAGAAUUGUCACCAAAAAUCACACCGCAAACCCCCAAAAAAAGAACAACCAUGCGUUUAACUCACCUUGCUUCGCCGGCCGCGCUGCUGCUGCUCGCCGCCGGCCCGCAGGCCGUCCUCGUUGUCGCCAAGCCGUCGCCGAUCGUUCCCCGCGACGAUGCGGUCUCCACCGGCGCCAUGGGAAACAUGACGUGGGAGGGCGAGCUGGAGCCGGGCAAGGGCAAGGUCACACUGACCGGCCCGACGUUUGAGAACAUCGAGCAGCAGGCCAGGCAGCUCAACGAGACCUACUCCAUCUUCAACUUCAACCGUCCCCAUGCCGAAAUGGCCAAGUUUGCCGAGGCCGAGGCCGCUCCUGCUGGCGUUCGCUCGCACGACUGCAUGCGCUACAAGCUCCCGAUCGCGCGGAUCCCGUGGAUCCUCGACAGCGCCGAGACGCUGCGCAGGGCCGGGGGCACGUGCACCCUCACGGGCAAGCUCUGCACCCGCGCCGCGUGCCAGUGGGGCUCGGGCAUCUUCUGGUGCAACGACAACGUCGGCACCCUGGCCGUCCCGUGCGCCACCAUCGGCGAGCGCGCCAUCUACCUCGAGGAGCGCUGCACCAACAACGUCCACUUUAUGCAGGGGAGCGUCACCGACGACUGGAACUGGCGCACCAUCGUCCACGGCGACAACUGCUGA